AGAUGGAUCCGUCUUUCACAAUAUCUUAGAUACGCUGUCCUUGUCAAAACGCACGGGUCCUACCUACAUUAUUGUGUGUGUUGGUGAAUUGUGCGGGAGCUUUGGCGCGCUGUAGCGCAUUCGAGCGCUUUUGUUUUCAACCCCAAAGGACUUGUGUCACCUCCGUGCUGCGCCGCGAUGUCUGCCACGUCCCGGUGCUUGUUUCUCGUGCUGCUCAGUGUGCUUUCUGCCGGGGCUCAGACACAAAUGAAGAAGGUUGUUGGGGACAACACAACGCUGCCGUGCCAUCACCAGUUCCGCCAGUCGAACGGACAGACGCUGGACAUCGAGUGGAUCCUGCAGAAACCCAGCUCUCAACAGCGCGUGAUCAUCACGUUCUUCAACAAUGAGGUCUACACCAACGAUAACCAGGCAAGCCGCCUGUCCUUCGCCGGAGACUACCUGAACGGAGACGCCUCUCUUCUGAUCAACGACCUGCAGCUGAGCGACUCGGGCGAGUACCACUGCAAGGUGAAGACAGGGGGAAAGUACCUUUGGAGCCAGGUCAAUCUCCUGGUCCUGGUGAAGCCGUCCAAGCCGCGUUGUUGGAUGGACGGGCAUUUGCUGGAGGGCAGCGACGUGAGACUGAGCUGUAAGUCUUCCGAUGGCUCCGACCCCAUCUCCUACAAGUGGGAGAGAGUUCUGGACAAGGGCAGAAGCGUGGGAAAGCUGCCGGAGUUUGCUCUCAUCGAUCUGAAGAACCCUGAGAUUGUGACGUUGAGGAACCUCAGUCAGGAGAGCUCGGGUGUGUACAGAUGCACGGCCAGCAACGAUGUGGGAGAGGAGAACUGCAUCAUUGAAGUCACUAUGCAGUAUGUGCGAGGUAUAGGUGUGGUGGCUGGUGCCGUGGUCGGCGUGUCCUUCGGCGUCCUCAUCAUCAUCCUCAUUAUCUGGCUGGUCUUCCGCAAGAAAGAGAAGAAGAAGUAUGAGGAAGAGGAGACACCCAAUGAGAUCAGGGAGGAUGCCGAGGCUCCCAAAGCCAAGCUUGUUAAACCCAACUCGCUCUCCUCCUCUCGCUCGGGCAGCUCUCGCUCCGGGGCCUCGUCCACCCAGUCCAUGGUCCACAGCACCGCUCCGCGUGGCCAGCGGUCCCGGCCCCCAGCCAUCUGCGCCCUCAAGGAGAACGGUCAACCCCCUGAGUUCCUUCAGUCCUCCCCAGAACCGCUCACCACCCCCAAGUUCAGGCUGCCUAACCCACCGGUGGGCCUGGCCGUGCCCACCACGGGGGUCCUGAUGCCGCCGCAGAGCAAAGCCUUUCAGACUGUGUAGGGGAAAAUCAAAGACCAGCAACAACCCUGAACAGGAAACUCACUCUGACUUGUCCAACUGCAGAUAUGUCAGCUAAUGCAAUUACCGCGUUUAAAAAAAAAAAAAAAAAAAAAAAAGAGGAAGAAUUAAUAGUAUUUAAACUAAAAUCUAAAUGAAUGCAUACAUGAAAAGUGCUUGCCGAACUGUACAGAGACAAAACCAUCUUCCCGUCACUUCUUUGUGCACUUUCUCUGUCUCUUCAUCUUGCGCUCCCUGUCUGUCUAAAGUUACUUUUUGUUAUUUUUACCAUUUCACUCUUUCUUUCUUUGACUUUGAAGGCAUAUUGAGCGACGAGAUGGAAAGAUUUGCCCCAAGUGACGCUUUAUUUAUUUAUUGAAAGUGAAAGCACAGAGAAACCCAGGGUGAACAGAGUUUAUUAAAUAUCAAGGAUGACGGGAACAAUGAGAAGAAAGAAAAACAACAGACGACACUCACCUUGUAGAAAAGACUGGAAAGAUCAUCACUCAGCCUUCUCAAGUGGAAUCGUUGAAAAGGAUGAGAGAAAAGGCUUAUUUGAAGUUCUGCUAAUUCCCAGCAUGUGCUGCUGGUGGUCAGAUAAGCAAAGUGGCACCUUGUGACGGUAGAAGAAUUUCAAGCAACCCUGCAAACGCUCCAGCACAUAAAGACAUGGAUUUCAGAUGCAUUUACUUAAAGGAUCAGGUUUGGUCAUAAUAUUUUGGCAGUUUACUAUUAAGUUAGCGUUCGGUAUUUAUAUAUGUUUAAUGUACGACACUGUGGAACUGUACUGUAUGUAUGAUGUUGCUCCCAGUGUUCCCAGAAUAGACUUCCAAUCCACCUUGACCAGGACCAGUAUAUAACAGUUACUAAAUCAUGAUGAAUGGAUGAUUUUUUUUUUAUUAUUCACAUAAACAACCUGUGUUUUUGCAGGGUUACACUUGUGGACAAUGUUAGCCAUUGUUGCUAUCCUCAGGUGUCCUCCGCUCACGUUCACAUUUUACCGUCUUUGCUUUAUUUUGCAUUAUUUACAAAAUUAUCGUUUCAGGAAAUCUGGGAUGUCUGAAAUCUGAAGUAGGAAGUGAAAAUUUCCUGAAUGUGUGUUUAACCAAAUGUAGCCAUUGCUUGUAUUUCAUUUCAUUUCUAGAAUACCCAGUGGUACUAUUCUAGCAUCUGAGGCACAAAUAACUAAAUAUAACAUCAUUACACUAUCGUGGAUAAAAGAUCGCAGGGAUGGGAACUUAUUUCCGGCACUGGUGUGCAUCAAGGUUCUCCUUCAGGACCUUUAAAAAUGUGCUAUAAGAAAACAGCUGCCUCUUUGCGUCAGCGACUCCUUAUUGUCUCGGGACAGCACUGCCACAGGGCCGGUCAUUAUCCACAUCCUGGAGUCCAACAGAACCACCUAAGAACACACAAGUAGCCUAUUUUGUGUGCCUUUGAGAUUUUCUUUUUCUAUCCACUGACUCGUUUUUUUUUUUUUUGUAAAUGCCGGCCCUGUGUGUGCUGCUUGAUGAAGAUGGGAUCACGGGGCUGGACAAUAAGACAGCCCACUUCAUCUAGGAAUAGUGUAUAGUACAAUUAUCACAAUGUUUUAUAUUGUACAUAUUUAUAUGGACAGAUACACACACAAUAUCCUUUACUUUACAGGCGAUGGUUAAGAUAAAAUGUCAUCGAUACUGUAAAUGAAUACUAAAGCAUUUUUAAAGAUUAUUAGGAGAUCAGUCUACUCUGGGACUAGAACUAGUCUCCUUGGUAUAAAUAACUUCUCCCUCUCACUGUCUGUAUAGACUUAUUAUAAUACAUACCGAUCAUUCAUCUGUGUAUCUCAAAUCAGAGUAAAUUCAAUUACAUUUCUAGCAGUUUCAGUAGACAUCAUCACAAAGCAACUCUACAGGAAUCCAGAUGUAGAUUUAGACUUCUAACAAGCAAGCCAGAUGUGACAAUGGUAAAAAAAAAAACAUUUAUCCCCCAAAAAAUGUAAUCCAAAUAGGGAAGAAGACGCAAUCUUGAAAGGAACCAGUCCUCUUCUGGGUCAUACCGGAUAGUGUGAUUACUAAUCAUUUUCAUAACUACAGUGGAACCUUGGAUUAUGAGCAUAAUACAUUUCGAAAGUGGGCUCAUAUUUCAGAAUACUUGUAAACCAAAGCAAAUUUCCCCAUAAAAAAUAAUGGAAACUUAAAUUAUUCAUUCCACAGCCAAAAAUAAAUGCAUAAAAAUAAUUAAUACAAGAUAUAAAGUAAAAAUAAAACAAAUUAACCUGCACUUUACCUUUUGCGUGCGUGUAUGUGUGUUUGUGUACGAGUGUAAAUCUAAACUAAAAGUAGAGGAGGAAUCAGCCCCUCCCGUCUCCCCCUUCUCAUCUUACACAGUAAACCUUUCUCCUCUCUUAUUUAAAUUUUUUACA